UUUCUCGGCGAAAGAGAAUCGACGCGAUGGCCGUCCGCAUAGGAUCGCGUUGAUUGUCGCACGAUAGACGUCUCGGUGAUUCAGGGGGAUUCGUGUCGAUUGGUUCCUACGACGCGUUUGUUCCUCUUUUUCUUUUGUCCGGGAUUUUCGUGCCGACUUUUAUCGGCUUAGAAGCUAGCGAGGAUAUAAACUAGUGAGAACGGGUGACCGGGAGGCGACAUGGAGGUCGACGUGCCUGAAGAAAAUACAAACGAACAAUCGGCGAUGGAGAUCGAUGAGGACACCUCCGAGAGGAACCCGAGGGUGUCCGGGAGCGUCAAAGUCAUGGCCUCUUCGGGCACUAUCGGCUCCGUGUCCAUCAGUUUGCAUCCGCUGGUAAUCAUGAACGUCAGCGAACACUGGACCAGGCUCAGAGCUCAGGAGGGCAGCGACCAGUUGGUGUACGGUGCUCUGAUCGGUAAGCAGAAAGGUCGCAACAUAGAGAUUAUGAACUCCUUUGAAUUGCUGUUCACGUGUAUUGGCGACGACGUUAUAAUCGAUAGGGAUUAUUAUAACACAAAGGAGGAACAGUUUAAGCAAGUCUUCAGUGAAAUGGACUUUUUGGGCUGGUAUACUACUGGUGAUAUGCCUACUGAGAAAGACAUUAGAGUGCACAAGCAGCUUUGCGAAAUUAAUGAAAGUCCCGUGUUACUGAAACUGGAUCCAAGACCAAAAAACACAGAGCACUUGUCAGUCUCUAUGUACGAAUCAGUGAUCGACUUGGUUAAUGGUGAGGCUACCAUGUUAUUCGUUCCAUUAACUUACACAUUAGCCACAGAGGAAGCCGAAAGAAUUGGAGUAGAUCACGUACAAAGGAUGUGUAAUAACGAUCAGGGUGAAUGCUCAGUAGUGGCUGAGCACUUAACAGCUCAGCACAGUGCCAUUAAAAUGUUACAUGCGAGAGUGAAACUUGUUCUGAGAUAUGUGCAAGCGGUGCAGAGUGGAGAAUUGAAGGGAAACCACGAGGUUCUUCGAGCGGCUUGCUCUCUGAGUCAUCGACUGCCUGUUUUGAACAAUCCGAAAUUUAAGGCUGACUUUUAUAAUCAAUGUAAUGAUUUUGGCUUGAUGACGUAUCUCGGUAUCAUAACUAAGGGCUGUAAUAAUAUAAAUCAAUUUGUAAACAAAUUUAAUAUCCUGUACGAUAGACAAGGCGUAGGACGACGUCUAAGGAGUCUCUUCUUUUGAUAUGUAAAUAGAAUCUAUUGUUUUUAUA